AAAAUUAUUGGUUCGUUCCAGGAAUUAUAAAUAUGAAACUACAAUGCAGACUUUUGUUGCUUUGUCUUCUGUAUGUGACGUCACAAAUAAAAGUGACGUCAUCCAUAGGCACCGAUUUGGGGGAAUGUGCGUGUAUGUGCUCCGAUGACGUCAUGGGCAACAGACCCACAUUGUUUUCUACACCAGAACACGGAAGAUUCUACGAGAGCAUUAGAGGCGUAAAAGGUGAUCUUGGGCCGUAUGGGAGUUUCGGACCACCUGGCCCGCCUGGUCCACCUGGAGUGGCAGGAACCCGUGGAAGAACCGCUGAUGACCCAUUCAAGGAACAAUCAGAUAAACCUCAUGUAUCGUGCCUUGCUACUCGUGAAAGUGGAGUCACUCAAUCUGGAGUUUAUGAGUUGCUACUGACGGGGGAGCAUGCACCAUUUCAGGUGUAUUGUGACAUGAACACAGCAGGUGGAGGGUGGACAUUGGUGGGGAGUGUUCAUGAAAACAAUAUUAACGGGAAAUGUACGGUUGGCGACAACUGGUCUGGUAUCGAAGGUCCAUUGGAGCCACAAACAUCAUCAGCGUGGGUAAACGUGCAAACAUUUGGACACCCAGAAGGAGCAACCAGUGCAGAUUAUAAAAGUCCAGCCUACUUUAAAACAUUGGCGACAGACAUCAUGGUUAUGCAAGUUCCCAACGACACUCCGAUGUCUUCAUGGGAUUCUGAGAAGUUACUUCAGUUUUACUCCAACAACCAUUUCUUACGCAAUUAUGGCGGAACCUUGCAAGCUUUAUUUGGAAAACAUUAUCCAUUGAAACAACAGCCUAGAACAAACCUCGAUGAAGGAAACCUUACCCCAAUGCAGACAGCAGUACGUAACAUAUCAGCAGCAGCCAGGGCAGCGGUCACCAACUUCCAUAUGUACACUUAUGAUGCAAGCACAUAUGACCAGAUAACUGAUGGAGGAAGCGACAUGUACGAUGAUGGGAAUCAUGUGUAUUACAAGAUAGGUGAACAACCAUACAAGAAGAUAGUAUAUGGAAGGAAUUACAGGGACCUGGCAAGUGGUGUGCAGAUCACAAGUUACAUGGACCAUCCUUUCAUGAUGUUAAUGUGGGGAGCUAAUCCUGGUGGAACAGUCCCUUCAUUUUCUAUAAAGGUUGUCUCAGGGACCGGUGCAGAUGGUGCCGGCAAUGCGAGGUCAUUCAGUGGGUCAUUGACCUCCAGUAACCUCACUUGUAGUUACCAAGCAUAUGUUGUGUCUGGCUUGAGUGACCCCUCAAUUGGUGAAGUUUAUUUCCUUUGCUCCAACCCAGUGACAUGGAGGUCAGUUGUGACAUCACAGUUAAGAAGGUCAGCGUGGAGUUCGACGACAGAUAACUUGAACAACGCGGUAUCAGUUGAGGGGAACCCCCAGAACUUCCUCAUGGGUUAUACUCUGUUAUCAAGAAACAAUCUUCAACACAAUUCGAUCGAUUCAAUAAAGAUUGAGGCUGUGUUGGGACUAAUUAUGCAAGCAUUGUUACCACUGCCUCCAGUGGCAGACAUCAAUUGUGCUCGCUUCAACGAAAGUGUAAUUGUUCCCGUGGAAUACAUAAAGGGGAGUAAUGACGUCAUAAUGAGCAAAAUUCCAGUAUCGUCACGAAAUCAAGUUGAACCGGGAUAUAUUCACUUGCGUGCUGUAGAUGUUAGUGGGGAUACUUAUGCUAUGUGCCCUGGUGUAAGAACAUCUGCAUGUGAUUCACAAUCAGUAUGCCUUGUGGGGAUUCCCCAUGGCCACAACUCUACAAGAAAACAGAUGGAAAACUGCGGGGAUUUUGCAGGUUGGGCCGGCAUUUUAUCCGAACACCCGACAGCAACUCUCCCAUCAAAGACUGCUCGAUCACUCAAUGACCAAAAGUCAAGUUUCCUUAUUUUCACGCGAUGAUCAAUCAAUGUUUUGACGUAAUUUGAUUCCAGUAAUUCAGUCAAACUUUAAAUUACUCAUAAAGAAACAAUCAAUGAAUAUUCUUACUUAUCAAAUAAAAGACGUAGUGUGUAGUUUUGAACAUAA